UGGCUCAGCAAAAGUGUAUGUGUCAAUGUCACAUAGUUUAUCUCCAAAUAGCAUCUAAAAAUGAAACAAAAACCAAGACAGCUAAGGAUUUGAAACAAUCAAAAUGACUAAUAAAUGACCUGUCAAUAUAGUAGGGGGACGAAUCUUAUUUUGGUACGUUCGGGAUAGGGUACGAAUGUCACAUUCAGCUAUGCUGUUAUUUACUUGUCUCUGGCUAAAUAAUAUGCUGACAUUUAAGAACCAAAUGACAUUUAAAUCACUGUCCUUGAUGAAAACUUUACCAAUACAUAAUGGGAGGUUGAGAAAUUAACUCGGAAAAUUGUUCUGACAAAAUGGCGAUCUCGCCGAUAUUUUUGACAUCGUAAACAGGAGAAAAAUACUGUAAGUAUUAAAACUCUACAUAAAGCAAAAAAAAUAAUAUGUUUUUGUGUUUACAAAUCAAUUUUUUAUCAUGAACAUUUCACGAAAACCAAUUAAAUAUUUGGUGAUACGUCAUGUUUUUGAUUUUCUUAGCGCCACCUUGCCGAUGUCCCGAGAUGGCUAUGACCGUCUGCUUCAAAAACAUCAAUGUUUAAAAUGUCUGGCAUUGUUUGUUCAAUACAUAUAACAAUUACUUUUUAACUUCAUCAAUGCUUGACACGAUUUUUCAUAAUUAUGUCGCCUUUUCUAUCUCAUUUUAAUGAACGUAUAUCAUAUUAUCAGGUUCUUCUCAAUGUACAUUCUGAUUGGUUAACUUUCAAUAGCUCCGCCUACCGGCGAUGUUUUGGUAAUUGGAUGACACGGCCCAAUUAUCGGAUUAGGGGAUUACCCUAUGGCUAAUUGCGAUGUUUUGACUAAUGGGACAGUGGCCAAAUACUCGCUGAUUGACAGAUUUACAAUGUGUUAAAAUUUCGGCGAGGUCAAUGUCGCUUUGAUGACACAAAUGGGCGAUUUAUUUGUUUUAUUUAUCAUCAAAGGCAGCUCUGUCAAUGAAAAGGGCACAGCGGGGCGUUUGAAAAGGCAGCAGGGCGCCAUAAAAGGGCAGCGGGGCGCCCCGCCACGCUAAUUAUGCUUAGCUGGAGCACUGUGACCAAAGAUAAGAAAAUUAACGGAAAGAAAGUACCGAAAAGUACUAAAUAUGCGCGCAGUUAACUUUUACACCAAUAAAAAGUAUAGGGUCGGCGCGGAAAUAAGAGGGUCGGUCGGGCGACCGGAAACAGACCUAUUUUUUUUUUUGGCCUAAGUAAUUUUUUUACUUUAGCAGACUUAUAUACAUAAGAAAUGUCAAAAUAAUUAAGAAGUAUCCCUGAUCACUCAUUAUUGUAGCUUGAGGCGACGUUAAAGGUGGUGGCAUUGUUCAAUUUUUUUUAACCUUGACCAUAACUUGAAAACCGCUUCGGAAAUUCAAAUGGCAAAUAGGUUUAGGGUUGCCAUAGUCCAAAUAAUUGUACAUUGACGGAUUUUUUUUAGAUUUUUGAUAUGGCAAAUCCUUCAUGUACAAAUUGUUUAGUAUUUUAGUAUCAAAAGUGGGUAGUUAUUCCGAUCGGGAUUCUGGUUAAAGCAUAUUGCGUCUAUAAAAUAUCAUAAAAACAAGAAAUAUUACCAGAUAAGGUUAUUUUAUAUUAGUUUCGUACACAAAAAAUAAAUAGCCAGCUUAUAAUUAUAAGUUUGACGGGUUUUCUUCAUUUCAUUUUGUCAAAACAUAACGAUGUAUACAUGAAGGGCACCUGCAAGGCUUCAGGGCACAAUUUUACAACUAUCGGAACAUUUCGGCCAUGGCCGAGUUGUUACGAUUGUAUAAACGAGGCCUGUCUCGAAGCUUGUCGGAGGUGGCCGAGUAAUUACGAUUGGAUCAAGUUGUUCCGCUUGGCAUAAUUGUUGUCUGUGUCAGUCAACUUUCGUUUUAUUGGAAAGUUUUAUCGGAGCUGGAAGAGCAUUCCAGAGGUGUUGAGUCUCCAUCACUAGUAGAUACACUAGAGGAGGGUGAAAAUGGAGAUGUCAUUGAUCCCGAGGUGGCUGAACGACGUGAGAAGCGACGUAGGAACAUUAUCGAGGAGCUGUUUGAGACUGAGAAAACAUAUCUGCACCACCUUGAUAUAACACAUAGGUUGUUUGAUUUCCCUCUGCGGUUCAAUUGUCUAGUAGCAGACCGAGCCCAUUCACAGCUCUUCAGUAACCUGGAGCAGAUUUUAGAAGUCAAUACCAAGCUCAUGGAGUACAUGGAGCAGACGACAGUUGGCACAGCUUUCAAGUUUCUUGGACCAUUCUUAAAGCUGUACUCUAUGUACGCAAACAAUCAUCAGCAGGCUUCAAAUACCCUCCAGGAGAAUCUUCAGAAGAAUGAGAAGUUUGCCACAUUUGUUGCUGAGCAGGAGGAAAGGCCAGAGGUGAAUGGAUUGAAACUUGGGGCUCUUCUUAUAACACCUGUACAAAGAAUACCUCGGUAUAAGCUGCUUUUAGAAGACCUGUUGGAAAAUACAAGUCCAGAACAUCAUGAUUAUUUACAUUUAAAAGAGGCCGCUAAACAAGUUGGAGAGAUUGCCUUACACAUCAACGAACAUGUGCGACAGCAUGAAAACUUCCAGAAAAUGCUCCUCAUACAGAAUAGUUUUGACAGCUCUGCACCAAAGAUACUGGCCCCUGGCAGGGAGUACCUUAAGGAAGGCAAGCUAAAUAAGAUAUCCCGCAGAGGAGGCAAGUCCCAGGAGCGGAUGUUUUUCCUAUUCUCCGACCUGAUGUUGUACGGCAAACCGAAGCUACUGGACAGUGGGAGUAGCUCAUACAGCUGUUGUUGUCUGCUACCUCUUCGGCAUUGCUCAGUGGAGCGUGUCCUAGGAACAGUACAAAGUGCUGAUGGUGGAGGAAUGUUCAGAAUCAACUGUAAAGAUGAAAGUCUGCUGCUGUACUGUCUAGAUCCGGAGGAGGCCAAGGUGUGGGUGGAGACCAUUGAGGCAGCUAUAAGAAAGCUCAAUGUCAACAGACAGACUUUACGUAAACCGAGUAGUAACAAAGUUCCAGUGCGGGGCAAGUCGCUGAUGAAGAUGAGGAUAAAGGAAAAGAAACAAGACCUCAAGCGCAAGAUAAACGGCAGUAAGAAAAAAUCAUCCAAAGGGAAGACCCCCUCGUCACCACUUAAGGCCUCUCUGAAGGAAGUUAGUAACUGCCUAACACCUCCCAAGAGGCAGCGGACGGAUUCUGAUGGAAGUAUGAGUGGAGCCUCUUGCUCAAAUGACUAUGAAAGGAAGAAUGAGAUAAACCUUGAUGACUGGAGUCCGAGUGCUAUGAACAACGACGACGAUGAUGAUGAUCUUGUUGAUACAAUAUCGGAGGAGGGUAGCUACGAAGACUCGAACGAAGAUGAAGAAAACAUUCCAGCGGUUGUUAUAGAAAACCCUCCAAUCCCUGAUACGUUAGAUACCAACAGUUAUGACAUUGACCUUAGGAAUGGCCUUGACCCUGUUGCCUGUAGCAGCAGGGGUCAGGGGACCAAUGAGGGUCCAGAUUAUAGUUCCCAGCCUUGGUUUAAUCCAAAAUUCCAACAGGAAGGGGAACCAGUAGGACACUGCAGCACUUGGCCAAUUAGAAAAGUUAUAAAGAGUGGGUCCAAAGUAACCUCAAGUAUCGGAGAAGUGAUGGACAGCAUGAGGUCUAGUAAAAAAUGUUCUAUCAUGUGAACAUGGACACAGAGAGAAAAUAUAAUAAAAACCACUUAUAUUUAUGGCUUUGCCAGCAAAAAGGAGUCCUAUGAAGGCAGUUGUUUAUCGAGAGAAAAGGAGGCUUCUCUAUAUGAUUGGAUUUCAUAAACAACUGAUAACAAUGUGUAGAUUUGCAUUUAAUAGAGAUAACAUUCAAAUAUAUCUAAAAUAAAAUACAACUGCCUGUAUAUGAGGCCAGUGCGUUGCAAGAAAAGAAGAAGCCACGUUUUGCUGAACAGGAUUCAUGCUGAAGUUGCAAAUUUACUACAUACAUAGCAUUAUUAUGAAGCAUAAUACAAUAACCGUAUAUUGUAUAGUGGAAAUUGUAGAUUGUACAUUUAGUAUUGUAUAAUAACAGUUUGAUUAUCGAAGGUCAUGUAUGUGUUUGAUGGAAGAUCGUGCGGUUUGUACAUAUUCUCAUUGGAGCCAUCUGACCAACCAGCGUAUGACACAAUAUUGUAAGAUCAAGAAAUUUGGAUGAUUCAAUUAACUAAGCCAGUGUCAUAUAUUGAAUGAAAUUUCAAACAAACAUGUUAUCUUUCCAACCAACCUUCCGUAGUUGUUUCAAAUGAUAUCGCCCUACAAACCAACAAUAAAAGGAUCAAUUUUAGGUUGUCAAGUUGGCGCACCCGCUUCAUAUCAAGGCGUUGUGGGUUUGAGUCCCGGCCUGGGCUCAUGUGAGUUUGGUUUGUGGCCACCAAGCUGAAGACAAGUGGGUUUUCUCCGGGUAUUCUGGUUUCCCACAGGCAUUACAUCAUGCAAGCAAGAGUGAUUAAUAUAAUGUUGUUAUAACUAAUAGAAUCGAAAAAUAGAUCAUAUGAUGCGGUUGGGAAGAUGGCCCCAUUAUGCUUGGGAAGUGCAAUAUCUUAGGCAAGUAUCAGACUCUAACGUUUGCUGCGGAGUUAAGGGAAAUCAUUAUCACUAUAUUUUCCACGGCAGCAGGGAAUUGACAAGGUUUCUGUACAUCAGUGAGAUACCUUUUCUGUCAAUUGAUUUAUGUAUAAACCGAUGCAAAAAUAAAUUUUGUUGUAAGAUUAAAAAAAAGAAGAAAAAAAGAAAUGAUAGUUUUAUGGUAGGAGUUAACAUUUAAGAAUAAGUUUCACCCAAGAUUCCUAAAUAUUCUGGAGCUUGAUGCUUUUGUUUUGGUAUUGUGAGUAGAUUUUUUAUUUGUUGUGCUAUGUACAUAAUCAUUCCAUAGCUUUAUUGAUAGAAGAAACUGAGUUAUAGGUUCAGAGUUUAAUCUAAUCAUCAUUGGGCCAGUUUUUAAAUUGUUUUUCAUUUAAUGAACAUUAUAUUUGCAUGAGAGAAGAAAAUGAAUGAUAUUGGUUAAAUACAUAUAAAUGUUAAAAAUAUCACUUUCUUUGCUUCAUAGACUUUAAUUAAAAACCAAAUUGAAGUUCAUAUAUUUAGAGGUACAUAAUUUAUAUCAUUUUUCAAGGUUUUUCUUUAGUUACCUUAGCUAAAAGACAAAAAGUUGUGUCAUUUUCAUGUCGUUAGUGUGCUUAAAGUUUAAUCUUGGCCAUAACUCAGAAAACAUUCAAGAUAUUCUCAUGAAACUUUGUACACAUUUUACCAGUGACAGUAUGAAUAUGCUUAUCAAGGCCCAUAACUAUGGAUUUAAUAAUUGUCAAAUUGUAGCCCUUGAUAGUCUGAGGAAGUCCUGCAGAAUCAAUUCAAUAACUCAAUAUUUACAUCAGUCAACUUGGUACAAAUGAAACCAGUGACAAUAUGCAUGUGUAUCAAGGAAUAUAACUCUGGAUUUAUUGAUUUUCAAGUUAUGUCCCUUGUUUGAUUGAAAAAAAAACGACAAUAGGAGGUGUUAGUGUAUGCCCAACAGCACACUUGUUUUAAUAAUUUGUUGAUACUGUUUAAAAAAAAAUCAGGCCCCAGUAUCACAAAAACACUUAAAAUCAAAUCUCAAUCUCAUCUGAUUUUGCAACAAAACGUAAAAAGUUAUUCAAAAUCAUGUAUGCUCUUACUCUUAAAAGCAAAUUCUCUCAUUUGUUAUGUUGAUUAAAAACUUUAGUCCAGGAUUCCAAAGAAAAAUUAUUCUACAACUAAAAUGUUAUCGAGUUCAACUCAUUGUUUUUCAGCAAUAACUGAAGUAUGAUACAUUUUUACCCGAGAGUUAGCUGUCUUUAAGAUACAUUCGAAACCCGUUGACUCGAUAUCGCUUGGCUGGAUAUUUUCAUUGGCUCAAACUUAAUUUAGGGCACCAAUUUUAUUACUUAAGCAUUUCUGCUUGGCUCAAUAUUUGCGAGGAUUUUUGCCGGUCCCUGGGAUAUCACGGGGUUGGACUGUAUUAACAAAAUGUUGUUUUUUCAAACAUGUUCAUGGAGAAAUAUAUUUUUAAAAAGAGUUAAAACAAACAAGAUUUUGAAUAAAACUGAAUUUUUAUGUAUUUUUUUAGUUGAGAUUGAGUUUUGACCCUAGUAUUUCAGUGAUAUUUGGGCCAGUUGUGGAUUUGAAUCAUAGAGUGUGGUGGUCAACUUAUUUCUACAGGUAUUCUUUAUUGUUUGUUUUUUUAUCUUAGUGUAUGUUAUAUUUUAUUUCGGAAAUACUAAUUGUACCGAAAAAUAUUUCUAUAUUUAUUUAAGUGUUACCUUAAGAAGUGCUUAAAACAUUAGGCAACCAUUCCAAACAAUGAUAUUUCAUGCUUUUAAAACUAUUUUGUGAUUUAACAAACAGUUAAUAUUUUACAUUCUUUCCUCAGUUUCUGUUUAAAGCAAAUACAUAUUAAUAACUAGAUUUUCAUCUAAAAAAAUAA